AGGGCGGUGCACGGUCGGCUUUGACUCCUCCAGGCCACCCAGAGCACUGUAGCGCAGCAUUUCCUAUCUGUUCAAUACAUUGCACGGCUGGAACAGUGUGCAAGAUUAAUAAUUUAGCCUAUGAAGGUUAUUUCGCAGCCAGAUUAUUUAAGAGAUGCCCAAUUUCUGUGCAGCCCCGAACUGCUCGAGGAGGAGCACGGAGCCCGACCUGGCAUUCUUCAGGUUCCCUCGAGAUGCCGAGCGGUGCAGACUCUGGGUAAAGAACUGCCGUCGAGCUGAUUUUGAAGACAAAACAUCAGACCAAUUGCACAAGCUCUACAGACUUUGUGCCGACCACUUUGAGACUUCUUUGAUAUGCAAAAGUAGUCCUUUCAGGACAAUGCUUAAAGACAAUGCUGUUCCAACAAUUUUUGACUUAACCAGUCACCUCAGUAACCCAGACAGCAGGCAUCGCAAACGGAUAAAGGAACUGACAGAAGAGGAGUUAGAGAAGAUGAAAGAGAGGAGAUUGGAAACUUCUUCUGGAAAUGUCACAAAUGAUGACACAGGUCAAGACAUCAGUGAUACUAGCGAUGACUUACCACCGUUAACAGAAAAGGAGAAAGAAGAAAGAGAUUACUUGAAGGCAUUGUUUGAAAUACUUGUUGUUUUAGGGAAGCAAAACAUUCCACUACAUGGACACACUGAAGAGAAAACAGUAAUGAAUUUUACUCCUAGCAAUUUCCAGUCUUUACUGGAGUACCGUAUCAAUGCCGGAGACGAGAUCCUCAGGAAAAGAUUUGAGGCUAUGGCUGUCAAUGCUGAAUAUUGCUCCUCCUCCCAGCAGAGGCAGAUGCUGGAGGUGUGUGAGAGUUGCAUUCGUGAACAGCUUCUGCAGGAAGUCAGAGAGUGCAGGUUUUUCUCUCUACUCACGGACGACUUGGUGGAUAUGGCUGGGGAGGCCCACCUCCCUAUGUUCCUACGAUUUGCAGAUCAGUCCCACUGCUUGAGGGAGGAAUUUGUUGGGUUCCUCCCAUUCGAAGGGGAUGAAGAUACCCUGACGGAAAGGCUGCUGUGUGAGAUCACAGAAAACUGGGGCUUGAACAUGGAGUACUGCCGGGGACAAGCUCAUGUUGGCUCUGGUGUUUUCACAAGCAGGAUUAAAGCCAUUGCUGCCAAGUUAUUAGCAAAGUAUCCAAUGGCAGUGUACACACCUUUCUCUAGCCGUGCCCUGAACAUUUCCCUAGCAAGCACUUUAAACUUAAAAGGCGUCCAGAUUGUAAUGUCAACACUCAAAAGGAUUAGCUCAUUCUUCAGCACAUCUCCUGCACUGCAGGCAGAGUUGGAGCAUGCCAUCUCCAUAUUCUAUCAGGGUAACGAGAAAAAAGGGGAUGACCUAAAAGAAACAUCUCGCACAAGCUGGGCAGAAGGACAAGAUUGCUUUGAUUUGGCUGUUGAAUUAUUGGAAUCUGUUCUGCUUUGCAUGGACAGUGUUCAUGAUAAUGAAGAUUUGAGGUGGAAUGAUCAAGUUGUCCAAGAGGCAUAUAUGAUCUCACAAACUCUUGCAGACUUUCAGUUUGUUGUAACAUUGGUUGUUCUAAAAAAUACGCUUUCAUUCACAAGGGCUUUUGGAAAGAAUUUGCAAGGGCAGCUGAUGGAUGUUUAUUUUGCUGCUAAUAGUUUGACUGCUGUCUUGCACUCGCUUAACGAGGUCAUGGAUAACAUUGAGGUUUACCAUGAGUUUUGGUUUGAGGAAGCUGUUAAUCUAGCAGCAGCGCUUGAGAUACCUGUGAAGAUUCCAAGAUUAUUCUACAGAAAGCAGCGUUCAGGAACUUGGAUGGACAUUGAGCCCGAAUGUUACUAUAAAGAGUCUCUGACUAUUCCUGUCGUGGCCCACGUUAUACAGGAACUGAAUGAUGCGUUUUCUGAGAACCACCUGAAAGCUCUUAAAUGCCUCUCACUUGUCCCCUCUGUUAUGGGAGAGUUGAAGUUCAACACAUCAGAGGAACAUGACGCUGACAUUUUCAAGAAUGACCUUGCCAACCCAGACACACUUUCUACAGAGUUGCACUGCUGGAGGAUCAAGUGGAAGCACAGAGGCAAAGAGAUCAGCCUACCCUCAACAAUCAGCGAAACCCUGCAGCUCUCUGAAGUCAAGUUUUUUCCCAAUGUUUAUGCCUUACUCAAAGUUCUCAGUACGCUUACGGUUCUGACACUGGAGGACACCAAAUCUAACAGUGUACGCAAACGCUUCAAGGCGUAUGUUACAAACACUCAUGUCAGCAACAGAGCCAAGAGCUUAGCAUUUCUCAACAUCAAUUAUGAUGUUAAGCAUGACUUGGACUUGAUGGUUGAUACUUAUACUAAAAUGUAUCCAGAGAAAGAAAAUGAGUAAUGUGUAGGUCCUGUUGUAAUUGUUUGAUUAUAUGCUUGUUCUUUUGCAUUCACGGUCUUCAUUAUGCUGUCUGUAAAAAUAAAAAUUUUAACUUAUGUCUUUCGUUUGCAUUCUUGUUCUCUAUUUUUUGCAAGUAUGCUUUGU